UCCCUUGCCGACGAACUGAGAGUCGAGAGUCAUGAUGCUCUCAUGAUGUUAUGACACCGAACGAACUCAACGCUUUUUGACUUCAUAAUACUUUGAAUAAAAACCCGGGUCUUCCUCUAACACUGUGUUUACGACUGUGGCCUAGUAAACUAAUGCUAUGUGUUAUUCAAUAUGAAAUGCCAGGGUGCGCCUGGAGCAUGGCUUGCGUAGCGUGGUAGUAUCUGAGGUAAUAUGUACAUCGAAGGGGAACCGUCAGGUUCAUGGAGAGUCGAGACAAAGGGAAAAAAAAAGGGUUAUUUUAAAUGAGCGACAGCGGACAAAUGAAAAGAGUUCAAAAUGAGUGUGAGCUGAUGCAGUCAGUGUUGCUUCGGACACUGCUCGUAACCAAGACAUGUGGCUGUCGUGUCAUGUCAUCAUGUCAUGCGUGCCUGGUCAUGGAGGUCGUAAUUCGUGGGAAGAGGCGGAACGGAACCUGUCAGAAUCGGAACAAAAGUAUGUCCAACAUACAAGGCGAAAAUAAGAAAAAGAAAAGAAAACGAAACAUGACCAAUGAUUCGACCAGAAGAGAAAAAAGAAAAGAAAAAAGAAGAUGGAUGGCUUGCUCCGCAAACCCUCCUAAACAGACUGAAAGCCUUUCUGUAGACUGUCUCGUCCGUUUUCAACCUGAAUCCAGUCCGGUUGAACCGAAUCAUGCCACAAGAAAGUAGCCAAGUCGAAGAGAAAUGAAGAGGGGAAAAAAAAAGAUAAAAACAAUAAACAAUAUACACUUUGCAGUUGUUCUGUCUUCCGUGAUGUGAUCAUCCUGAUCCAAGUCGUGAGAGAGAAAAAAAACCCCCAAAAAGAAAAAAAAAAAAAAAA